CCCCGCCCGGGGCGGGGUCUCCCAACUUUCGGCGGCGGCCGCGGGGCCCGGCCCGCCGGCGGCAUGAGCCCUGCGGCGGGGCGGGGGGGCGGCAGCGGCGGGCAGGGCGAGCCCCCGCCGCCAUGCCCAAGGAGCGACCGCUCUGGCGGGGCCCGGCCUUUCGCCUCUGCCUGCUCUCGGCCGCGCUCUUCCUCUGCCUCCAGCUGGGCAUGAGGCGAUCCUGGUGCCCGGAGGAGAAGCCCCGGGCGCCGCCGGCGGCGGGGCGGGCGCUCCCCCCGGCCCGCGGCACGGAGCAGCAGCUCGGCGCGGUGGCGGCGGGGAGGCGGCGGGUCACCUACGUGCGGAGCGGCCGGCGGGGGAGCGCCGCGCCCGGCUGCUGCCCCCUGCAGCCCCCGGGUGGCCGCCGCAGGAAGACUGUAAGAUGGCACAUUGAACUUCAACCAUGGGCAAGUCCAACUCCUUCCCUGAACUACGAGGCCUUGAGAUUCCUGAAGUACAUUAGCACUUCUCAGAUUUCAUGUGAACACACGAACCUGAACAGCCUGAGAGGGUACUCUGAAACUGCAAAGAAGCCCUGGUCGAUCUGUCUUGAUGAGAGGUUCAGCCUCAUUCAUCGAAUUAGAAGCAAGCAAUGCCGUCUCUAUUCCCUUGGGCUAGGCAAUGAUGACAACCAGUUUGAGAUCAGCAUGGCCAACAGUGGAUGUGAGGUGCAUCGCUUUGACCCCAGCAUCAAGUCAGCACACAUUCAGGAGGGUCGGCACCUCUGGUAUCAUCGCCUGUCUAUUGACUGGAGGGAUCCCAAUCCGGCCAUUGCUGCUCAUAAACUACACAGCAACACGAAGAAGCUGGGCACCAUAUUGAAUGAAUUUGGACACCAGAAGAUUGAUGUCCUCAAAGCAGAUGUGGAAAGCGCUGAGUGGAAAAUUUUGGAAAACCUGAUCCUGGAGGAUGUUGUGGAGCAGAUAGGACAGCUGGUUUUUGAGGUGCACAUCCACUGGCCUGGGUUUGAGGUCAGUGGCAAUGACAGCACCGUGGUCCGGUACUGGUACAGUCUGCUCCGAGAACUGGAGCUGAAGGACUUCAGGCUUUUCCAUACCUACAAAGACUUAUCAAAACCACAAAUGUUUCUGAAAAAGGAAGCCUUCAAUGCCAGUAGCUGUUACACACUGAGCUGGGUAAAUACAAGGUGGAGAUAGCAGAAAGGAAUUUAUGAUGUGUGACUGUGAGCCAUCUGGCCCCGUAGCGUUAUUGAAGAGGACUUUGGCGUCACUGGCUAAAGUUGCUAAAUAUGCACACAGUGAUUGCUAACAAAAUGGACUGGCUUUUAUUUUUAUAUGUUGUCAAAAGAACCGCACUAGAAGAUACUUGGUGCAGAUCUGUGUAGCAAUGUAUUUGCCAGCAGGUACACUGUCUCAGAGAACAGAGGUUUCUGUAAAGGUUUGUCUGGGGUGGCUAACAGCGCAGCUUCCCAGGCUGCCCCGUGCCUGAGUGUGCCAGCACAGAGGGCAUCCCUCUGGGGCUGCCCCAGGAUGUUCUGCUCGCUGAGCUGCACCGGCCCCUGGGCAGCAGAGUGCUCGUGAGGAGGUGCCUUUCUCAAAAGGGUCAAGUGUUACUUCUCUGUAAAGCGAUUGUCUUUGAUUUACACCUUCUUUACUUUUGCCUUAUUUCCUAUGGAACAAAUUUUAGGCAAGAACAGUAUGUUCUUCAACCCACUGGCAAGUUUCAGCUAAAUUUGUCAGAGGCAGAAAUCACCACCAAAUGAAGUUCUUAACCUGUUUCAUUCAACAGCUUCUGCGUGCUCUGACUUUGGCUCUAUUGAGUUCAGUGCUUAUCACACAGGUGACGGUGGGACAGAGGGACUCAGCUGUAGGAAAAGCUGCUGCCAGCACUCCUCCUCCUCACCCUCCAGAGGCUUCAGCCACAGAAGACAGAG